UGCCGUCGCCGGAGGAAACUAAAUAAUACAAUCUAAGCACAACUGGAAUCGGCGGUAUUGCUCAACAAUGGCAUUUCAACGGCUGCCUUUUCGAAAAUUCACUCUUAGAGUCAUUCCUUCUUGCCCUUCACCUUUUUUUUCUUCCCUUCAAAACCCUAACUUUGAUUCUGGUUUUGGUGUUAGAGCUGUCCAAACACUGGAAAAGUCUGGGAAUUCAAGUGCAAUACCGGACUCUCUAUUGGUGGAGAAGAUUCUGUUCAAUUUGAAGCAAGGUAAUGGCACUUCUUCUUUGCGCAAUUAUCAAUUUCGUUUGAACCCAUCAAUAAUAGCUGAGGUUCUUUAUCGUUGUCGGGAUAAUUUGCAACUUGGACAGGGAUUUGUUGAUUUUGUUUCACUGAAUUGCUCGAAUAUUAAGCAUUCUUUGGUGUCUCUGAGUGCAAUGAUUCAUAUUCUGGUGAGGUGUAGGAGAUUAUCCGAUGCACAGGCUUUAAUUCUUAGGAUGGUUAGAAAGAGUGGUGUUUCACGUGUUGAGAUUGUGGAGUCUUUGGUUUCAACGUGUAGAGAAUGUGAGUGGAAAAUUUUGGCUUUUGAUUUGUUGAUUAGAACUUACGUACAAGUUAGGAGGUUAAGAGAAGGUUCUGAGGCCUUUCGGGUUCUGAGGAGUAAAGGUUUUUCUGUCUCUAUCAAUGCUUGUAAUAGUCUUCUUGGUGGGCUAGUGAAGAUUGGGUGGGUUGAUUUGGCAUGGGAUGUUUAUGGGGAAGUUGUUGAAAGUGGAGUUGAGUUGAAUGUCUAUACAUUAAAUAUUAUGGUUAAUGCUUUGUGUAAGGAUUGCAAGAUGGAUAAAGUUAUGUUCUUUUUAUCAGAAAUGGAAGGAAAGGGUGUCUAUCCAGAUACUGUGACAUAUAACACCUUAAUCAAUGCUUAUUGUCGUCAAGGUCUUUUUGAGGAAGCUUUUCAGUUGAUGGAUUCGAUGUCCAGUAAGGGGUUGAAACCGGGUCUUUUUACCUACAAUUCAAUCAUGAGUGGUUUGUGUAAGAAGGGCAAAUAUGAGAGAGCAAAGGAAGUUUUUGCUCAGAUGUUGCAGGUUGGGUUGAGUCCUGAUACUACUACCUAUAACACACUGCUUGUUGAGAGUUCUAGAAACAAUAAUAUGUCAGAAGCUGAACAGAUUUUCAAUGAAAUGAUGAGUCGGGGUAUUGUUCCUGAUUUAGUUAGCUAUAGUUCACUCAUGGGGGUGCUUUCGAGGAAUGGACGUCUCGAUAUGGCAUUGUUUUAUUUUAGAAAUAUGAAGAAUGUUGGCUUGGUUCCAGAUAAUGUGAUUUAUACCAUUCUUAUUGAUGCGUACUGCAAAAAUGGCAUUAUGUUGGAGGCUUUGAAGAUGCGGGAUGAAAUGUUAGAGCAGGGUUGCGUUAUGGAUGUAGUUACGUAUAAUGCUAUUUUGAAUGGACUGUGCAGGAAGAAGAUGCUCGGUGAAGCAGAUAAGUUAUUUCAUGAGAUGAUGGAAAGGCAUAUUUUGCCUGAUUUUUACACCUUCACAACACUCAUUCAUGGCCACUGUAAGGAUGGAAAUAUGCAUAGAGCACUAGGCCUGUUUGAGACAACACUUCAAAGGAAUAUUAGGCCUGAUAUUGUGACAUACAACACAUUAAUUGAUGGGUUUUGCAAGGUAGGUGAACUGGAGAGAGCCAAGGAGCUCUGGGCUAGUAUGAUCUCAAGAAAGAUUCUUCCUAAUCAUAUUUCAUAUUGUAUUCUUAUUAAUGGAUUUUGUAACUUAGGUCAUGUUUCUGAGGCAUUCAGGUUGUGGGAUGAAAUGGUUGGGAAAGGUAUUAAGCCCACUCUUGUGAGUUGUAACACUGUUAUAAAGGGGUAUUGUCGAUCAGGCGAUGCAUCAAAAGCGCAUGAAUUUUUGACCAGGAUGAUUUCACAAGGAAUUGUUCCCGAUGGUAUCACUUAUAAUACUCUUAUCAAUGGAUUUGUCAAAGAAGAGAAUAUCGAAAAAGCUUUUCUUUUGAUCAACAAUAUGGAGGAUCAAGGGCUGUUGCCUGAUGUUAUCACAUAUAAUAUGAUCCUAAAUGGCUUCUGCAGACAAGGUAGAAUGCAAGAAGCCAAGCUGAUAUUAAAGAAGAUGAUUGAGAGAAAUGUAAAUCCUGAUAGGUCCACGUACACAUCACUGAUAAAUGGACAUGUUAGCCUGGACAACUUAAAGGAGGCAUUUCGGUUCCAUGAUGAAAUGUUGCAAAGGGGAUUCAUUCCAGAUGAUAAAUUCUAAUUAUUCUCAGUGGCAGUUGUCAACACUCUGGUUUUUCAUGUUGUUCCAUGCCAUAUUUGUCUGCAGUGAUUGAAGAAUUAGCUAAACCAGAGUUUUAAAUUUGUCUACUGGCUCUAAGGUCCAUUUGAAGGGGACAUUAGAAUGGGGAAGAGAGGCUGCUGCACAACCUCCUUGGAUGCUGCACAAACAAAAACCAAAUUGAAAUAGACUUUCCAGCCACAUAUUACCAUUCAGUGUCAUGCAGAAAGGACUUGAAUGCAUAAAAUAAGAGUUUUUGAGAUUAAUUGAACAUCUUUUGAAAGUUGAGGGACUGAAUUGCAAGAAGAAGGGCUCCUCUUUGGGACUUCAAUGAAUGAAUCUUGAGGUUUGGGAUUUAAGUGCUCAUCGUACGAAAGAUGGAGGACCAGAUCUGCAAUUUUACCAUUGAAGAUAUUGCAAAGAGACCAUAAACUCGACACGGGUGUAGCGUCGACACAUAAUCGAGGCGUUUACACCAUGCGUCAAGCAUCCAGAAUUAGACUUUUUGUUUUUUGUUUUGUAUCGAACAGUAAUUCGGGUGUCGACACCAUGCGUUCAGUAUCCAAAUUUCAACUUCCCCUUUGAGUCUUACUUUUAUUUUAAUUAGGAUUUUUAAAAUUUUAUAAAUAUUUAUCCAAAUUUAGAAUUAAGAGGGCUUUGAGGAAACUGGUGGCAGCCCUUUUUUGGGCAUUCUUGAAGAUCAAAUUAGACUAUCCAUCAACUAUAAAAGAUCAAAAAUUUCAAUUAUCUCAAAUUAGAGCAUCUCUCCCCUGCAUAAUCAUUCAACUUCUUUGGUUCUUAAACAGCUUAUUAACAUAUCAUUAGUUUCUUGGCAUAUUAUCUGCCUCCCAAAUCCUUAUUAUAGACUAUGAUUAUGAUUGUUUCUACCAUCCAAGCUGAUUUAUUUUCCCCUUUAUUGUAAACUGGAUGCAUUUGAAGUGCCCUGUAUCAGUUCUUACCACAAUAUUCAAUGUUGGGGCUGAAAGAUGUAGGACUUUAUUGUCACAUAAUGAAGAAGGGGAGAGAGACAAGAAGAGAAAGAAGAGUUCAGUGUAUUCCAAGGUUGCAGCAUGUAGCCCUCGCCUCUUGGCAUUUUAUGUUCAGAAUGAAAGAAUAAGGUCAGU